AACUUGAGUUACAGUACAGACUUAGACUGACUGAAUCGCAAACAACAGAAGUCAGUGCAUGUUACUUUGUUUUGACAGAUUUCUGUUUAACUGUACAAGCCCUGGUCAAAACAUAAACACUCGACUUCAGGAGAAAAAUGAAUAUUCUACCUAAAAAGAGCUGGCAUGUUCGCAACAAGGACAACGGGACGAGGCACAAGCCGCAGAAGAGGAGCGCGAGGUCCAACGCCGUGUGGAGCGAGCAGAGCAGGAGGUAACCAUAGCAACGUUGCCUCCACACCCCCCCAUCCCCAAAUUGCAAAUUGAUACAUUCCUCAUAAUUGAUUUAGCAUGGUCUGAAGUGACAACCAAACUUUGUGUGAUACAGGAAUGUUAUGAUGUAUGACCGGUGCAAUUUUUUAAAGAGAAGUGCUGUAAGAGGCAUUGUUAAAAUAGUUUCAAGUCAUAAAAGUGCAUACAAAUGUGUAUAUGUACUUCACUAUUGCCAUUGAAUGUUAUGUAGGUAAGUAAUCUCUUUGCUGUAGGCGCGAACAGAGCACCUGAGACAGAAGUCGCGAGCUGCCCUUCAACAGUCUGGAAGAUGGAAGAAUGAAGGAGAGGGAGGUGAGAGAGGAGGUGAGAGAGGAGGGGAGGGGAGUGGAGGAGUGGUGGAACACCUCAAUCUAUUUCCUCUGGAGGAGUCGUCUGAGAAGAAAGGAAAUGCAGAGUACCUCAAAGACAAGAAAGAUGAAAAGGUGACCUUGCUGUCAUUCUGUUGUGCUUUUUCCGCUUCACCUGUGUUGAAAUCAAGUUUCUUUGUGCACAUAGCUUCUGGUUUUUGCAUCCCUCUCUACCUAACAGUGUUUACCUUUCUCUAGUGGAUCUAGCCAGCCAAUGACAGUGGCUGGUUAAUUUAGUCCAGGGCCAUUUCUAAACAGAGAUCGGCCAAUUCAGUUUAAGAUUUUAAAUUUAAUUGGGUGCCAUGUUGGCAAUUGAGAAUGCAAAUUAGAAUUCUAAAUAUCAUAGUGUUCUGUGCCAAUAUGGGAGAUUAUUGAACAGUUUUAAUGGACUGAUGCUUAUCACAUCAAUGGAAGGAUCAAAGAAUGAGAUGUGAAUAAAUGUAUUGAACUUUCCAAAUAGUACACCCGGGAUGGUCGCUGGUCUUGAUUCCUCCCACCACAGAUCAUUACUUGAAAUUAGAAUAUUUAACUUAUUCUAAUGCUAUGGUGUUUCUGUUGUAGGAGCGUGAGGAGCGUGCUAUUGGUCUGCUAGUGUCCUUAGGCCCCCAACCUGGGACAGAGGUAACUCCAUGGUACAUGAAAACAGGCCGGGAAAAAGAAGAAGAGAAAGACGAAGGAAAGAAGAAAGAGAAGGAGAAAGAGAAAGACAACAAAGGAAAGAGACUGCCACUCAGUCAAGAGGAGAAGGAGAAGAGAGACAGACGACUGAAAGACAUGCUGGACCCCUUGAAAGAGAUGAAGAAAGCACUGGCGGUGAAGGAUAGAAAAGAACGUAGGAGUAAGAAGAAGGAGAAGAGGGAUAGAGGGGAGAGGAGAAGCAGUGGUGGAGAAAGGUGAGAAGUUUGAGUCUUUAUCAAGACUAGGUGUCUUCUUAUCUGUAUGUCUGGGGGUGUUUGUGUUUCUUUGAUCAAUCAUAAAACCAAUUAGCUUUGACCUAAAGGGGCAAUCAGCAGUUGCUACAUAUAUUUUUGGAAUUAUUAAUUAAUGAUGUGUACCCAUUCAUUCUUGAAGAAUAUAACUUAUAAAUGACUCAUUAGUUUAGUUUAACUGUCAUACCGCAUCAGAACUCAAACUAUAAGCUUGUUUUAUACUCCAAUGUUUGUAAACCAAGUAAAUGUAAACAUACUACAUCGCCUUAAAACAUGGUUAAAACUAUCAUUUUGAUUUCAUGGAUGGUCAGUCCUUUCAUCCAUAGCUCUGUCUAUGAAUUUGAGUGGUUACAUUUCUCCAGCCCCAUCCCUGAGCUUUUUACAGAAACAGUGGAUUGCCGCUUUAAGAGUAAGCCCCUUGAAAGUGUCCACUCCACUUGAAUCCAUAACCAAGAGACCAAGUACACUGAGCCAAGUGGACAAGUGCACAACAAAGUGUACUGAGCCUCUGGAUAAACAUGCAUGGUUGAUGGUAACCACCUCCUCUCUCUUUCCUAGCUCUAUUGAAAGGUUGCGAGCAGAGCGACUGCAGAGAGAGGCGGAGGAAAAGAGGAGGACCCAGGCCCUGCUGGACCAGAAGAACGGAACAGGAAAAGAGAAGGAGCGACCAAGGGAGACAGAGGAGAGGGAAAUGCCGUACAACAGCGCUUAUUUCCCAGAGCUGGCCCGCAAGAGGCAGAGGAAAGACAGAGAUGCCUGGAGAGACGGCAUCUUUUGAAGUCAUACAUCAUGCAGUCUCAUUGUUUUGGCAACAGACACAGAACAUUGAGGCAUUCAAGAUACAUUUAUUAGUAUGUGAAAGACACAGAAGACUUCGACAAGGACCAGAGAGCCUGGAAGGUUAUUCAGUUGUAUUGUUGUGAAAUGUGAGCCAGUGCUUUUAGCUUAUUCUUGCAGUAACAUGGAGGAGUUAUGUAUGUAGACACAUACUGUAGGUUGUUGAACUUGUGAAGAUGUGUACAAAAAUUGCUCAAAAUGCCACAUUGUUUAUUUAUUUUACAUCUAGGCUAUCCUGAGGAUCCUAAGUGGACUUAUUGAUGAUUGUUGUCAUUGAAUAAUCAAUAUUAUUGCUGAUGAGGUAGAAAAAGAAAGGGAACCAGUCAAGAGAUUUGAGACAGCUGAGUGGAGUGUUGGUGUCUGUUUGGCACCCUGCUCAAGUGUGAGACAAUACAUUUACAUUUUAGUAAUUUAGCAGACGCUCUUAUCCAGAGCGACUUACAGUUAGUGAGUGCAUACAUUAUUUUGUUUUAUUUUUAAUCAUUUAGCUCCACAACACAAUACCACUGUUCAAUUUUGAGUGUGUUAGAUGUUUUACUAUU